AUGUCUCUUGACACUUUCAAUUUCUAUUCUAGGGCUACAGCAAGAAAACCACUGCCAGAGGACGCUGGGACUCGGGCAGACAUUGAACAUGUUCUGAAGCACGGAUACGUCGUUCUGCCUGAUUGUUUCACCGAGGCGGAAGCCCGAGAAGCACGCGGCGAGAUCGUGCGCUUGUUGGGCAAAGAUCCGUUGCAUGGCCGCAACAGUUUCGAGGGUCUCAAUACCAACCGCAUAUACUCCCUGCUCAACAAGAGUAGGGUGUUUGACAAGUUCCUGGUAUUGCCUCGGGUGCUGGCGUUGAACGACUACUUCCUCGACCCAGGAUACCUGCUUUCGGCGUUUCACACCAUCUCCAUCAACCCAGGCGAAAAGGCCCAGGCGCUGCAUCAUGACGACGGCUACAUCCAGGUUCCUAGGCCCAGGCUACCGUUCGGUGCGGCCAUCAUGGUUGCAUUCGACGAGUACACUGCUAGCAAUGGCGCCACAAGGAUAAUACCUGGCUCUCAUCUCUGGGACAGUUCGCGCCGCGGCACUCCUGAAGAAACCAUACCUGCCCUGUGCCCGGAGGGAGGAGUCGUGUAUUUCAUCAGUACCCUGUGGCACGGGGGAGGCGCCAACGUAUCCGACCGUCCUCGACAGAGUGCCACAGUCCAGUACUGCAACCCGUACAUUCGGCCGAUCGAGAACCAGAUAUUGGCGGUAGAUCCGCGGAAGCUUGAUCAGAUUGAUCCUCGGAUCGUGGAGAUGAUGGGCUACAAGCACAUGGAGCCCUUCAUGGGUUAUGCAGAUGGUCUCGGCCCUCGUCGGGCCGCUCGGAGGAUGGUGAGAUGGCUGCAGCGUGAGGUGGACGACAACCCUCCCACUUUUGCUCACGAGGCUCCGGAAGCCAAGUUGUAA